UCCGUUUUGGUAACGGUAUCUAAACCAGUACACUUUGUUUGGACACAACCGAUUCACAGAGUCGCUUGUCAUGCUUCAAUCCAAGCGGGAGCGAGUGUCCGUCGUGUCCAUCAUCGCUCCGUCUACACGAGCUGGUCACGGUCUCACGUGCACUUGGCUGGAUCGGGACUGGUGAUAACUGGGAGACGGUAGGAUACGGUGGGACGGACACUGACUGGUCAAGGUGAGUGUGCCUCGAUGAUGUUGGAAUGGCUGCCGGUGUUACAGUGGUCGGUUUGAGUGAGUGUCUUACGGUAUUUUAAUAUUUUCGUUGUGAGCCUGUGAAUAGGCUAGCGGUACAUUUCAAUCAAAGGAUCUGUUAAAUGUUUUUAGGAAAGCUGUUUCUGUUUGACCAAAGUUGUGCUGUUCGACCAAAGGUUGUGCUGUUUGACCUGAAUUUGUGCAAUUUGGCCAUGUGUUGUUUGACCAAAGUUGUGGUGUUUCACCUGAAUUUGUGCAAUUUGACCAAAGUUGUGCUGUUUGACCAAAGUUGCGGUUUCUGUUUGACUUAAGUUGUGCUGUUUGACCAAAGUUGAUGUUUCUGUUCGACUAAAGUUGUGCUAUUUGACCAAAGUUGUGCUGUUUGACCAAAGUUGUGCUGUUUGACCAAAUUUGUGCUGUUUGGCCUGAAUUUUGGGCAAUUUGACCUAAGUUGUGCUGUUUGAACUGAAUUUUGGACACUUUGACCAAAGUUGUGCUGUUUGACCUGAAUUUUGGGAAAGUUGACCAAAGUUGUGCUGUUUGAACUGAAUUUUGGAAAAUUUGACCAAAUUUGUGCUGUUUGGCCUGAAUUUUGGGCAAUUUGACCAAAGUUGUGCUGUUUGAACUGAAUUUUGGACAAUUUGACCAAAGUUGUGCCGUUUGACCUGAAUUUUGGACAAUUUGAUCAAAGUUGCGCUGUUAGACUAAAGUUGUGCUUUUGUGAAAGGCUACGCGUUUUAUUUGAGGGAUCUCUGAACAAACUGUGCUUCCUCGUUGGCAGAGUUAAUGGGAAUUUAUAGUCAAUUUAAAGAAACUCAAAGUUAAAGCUAACUGACAACAGUAAAUUAUUUUUUCUAAUUAUUUUUUUUAUUUUGUUUUUUUAAGAUCAAUAUUUAAUUACAUUUGUAUUAUACCAUCGUUGUAAUUCAUUUAUUUCAUGAGUUAUACAGUUCAAAUACUAACUCUGCGUUUACAUUUGAGAUCUAUAAAUGGUUGCUGGAACAAUAUUAUAUUCUUAUAUUGUGAUCUACAUGGGUCCUGCUUUAACAAUUUCGGGUGGCAAUGGUUUUUCUGUGAGAAUCAAGUGUUUUCUGUGGGGUAAAUGUGAUUUCUUUGCGGUCGUAAGGUAUUAUGUGGUGUCAAAUGGUUUCCUAUGGUAUCAAAGUGUUCCUAUUGUGUCAAAGGGGUUUCUAUGGUGUCAAAGUGUUUUCUAUGGUGUCAAGGGGGUUUAUAUGGUGUCAAAGGAGUUUCUAUGGUGUCAAAGUGGUUUAUAUGGUGUCAAAGGAGUUUCUAUGGUGUCAAAAGAGUUUCUAUGGUGUCAAAGUUGUUUGUAUGGUUUCAAAGUAGUUUCUGUGGUGUCAAAGGAGUUUCUAUGGGGUCAAAGUGGUUUCUAUGGUGUCAAAGUGUUUUAAAUGAUGUCAAAGGUGUUUCUAUCGUGUCAAAGGUGUUUCUAUGGUGUCAAAGUGUUUCUAUGGUGUCAAAGUAGUUUCUAUGGUGUCAAAGUUGUUUGUAUGGUUUCAAAGUAGUUUCUGUGGUGUCAAAGGAGUUUCUAUGGGGUCAAAGUGGUUUCUAUGGUGUCAAAGUGUUUUAAAUGAUGUCAAAGGUGUUUCUAUCGUGUCAAAGGUGUUUCUAUGGUGUCAAAGUGUUUCUAUGAUGUCAAAGUAGUUUCUAUGGUGUCAAAGUGUUUCUAUGGUGUCAAAGUGUUUCUAUGGUGUCAAAGUGUUUCUAUGGUGUCAAAGGGGUUUCUAUGGUGUCAAAGGGGUUUCUAUGGUGUCAAAGUAGUUUCUAUGGUGUCAAAGUGUUUCUAUGGUGUCAAAGUGUUUCUAUGGUGUCAAAGUGUUUCUAUGGUGUCAAAGUGUUUCUAUGGUGUCAAAGUGUUUCUAUGGUGUCAAAGUGUUUCUAUGGUGUCAAAGGGGUUUCUAUGGUGUCAAAGGGGUUUCUAUGGUGUCAAAUGGGUUUUGUGUGGGAUGAAGGGUUUUCUCUUAAAUUAAUUAAGAAUUUUAAUCAGCUAUUGAUUUAAAUCAGUGUCGUUAAAAUUUGAAUAAUGUCAUCUUACACCUAUAAAUGUGUACACAUAUCUGUACACAUGUUUGUACACAUACGUUUGUACAGAUAUGUUUGUACAUAUAAGCUUCUGUGAAAGAGGAAUUUUAAGGCUUCAUAUGAAUGAUGAAAAUGACGAGGUUACCAUUAUCAAGAACCUGGAAUUAUGAAGCUUCACACAUCAAUCAUUGUAUUACUCUUUCAAUCACUGUGUUAACAUUUCAAUCAUCGUUUUACUAUUUCAAUCAUCAUGUUACUAUUUCAAUCAUCAUGUUACUAUUUCAACCACUGUGUUACAUUUCAAUCAUAGUGUUACUCUUUCAAUCAUCAUUUUAUAUUCUGGUGAAACGAUUGCAAAGCUCACGAAACAGGACUCGGUGGACCGGUUGUUGGACGGGCCGGUUGUUGGACGGGCCGGUUAUUGGACGGGCCGGUUGAUGGACCGGUCGGUUGUUGGACGGGCCAGUUGUUGGACCAGCCCCUCUUAAUGAGAAUGAGUUACGCGGCACUGGAGAGAGUGUGAGCACGAGUGAGUGCGUGUAGGGGGGGGGGGGGGGGGGGGCAAUUUGGGGGGCGGGGGGGGGGGGGGGGACGGGGGGGGGGGGGGGGGGGGGGGGGGGGAGUGAGGACAUAUGUGUGGGAGUGAGGACAUGUGUGUGGGAGUGAGGACAUGUGUGUGGGAGUGAGGACAUGUGUGAGGGAGUGAGGACGUGUGUGAGGGAGUGAGGACGUGUGUGAGAGAGUGAGGACGUGUGUGAGAGAGUGAGGACAUGUGUGAGGGAGUGAGGACGUGUGUGAGGGAGUGAGGACGUGUGUGAGAGAGUGAGGACGUGUGUGAGGGAGUGAGGACGUGUGUGAGAGAGUGAGGACGUGUCUGAGGGAGUGAGGACGUGUGUGACGGAGUGAGGACGUGUGUGUGGGAGUGAGGACAUGUGUGAGGGAGUGAGGACGUGUGUGAGUGUUUGUUAUUACUGGGUUUUUUGUGGGGGGGGGGGUUUUCUUCCAGGGUAGUUUCCAAUAAUUUUAAACAUGUAGAUCAGUGGUUCUCAAAGUUGGGAAAGAUUUAAUUGGGGAGCUGGGAUUCCCAAAAGGGCCGCUGUGCAAUUUGAUGAGGAAUACGCAUUUUCAGUUGUUGUUGUUUUAAUUAAGAUGAUUCACAAUUGUUGUUCCAGCAUUUUUCAGCAUUAGCUGGUGCAUACUCUAGUUCAUUGCUAUUAGCUGGUUCAUACUCAAGUUCAUUGCGUUUAGCUGGUUCAUACUCAAGUUCAUUGUCAUUAGUUGCUUCAUAUUCAAAUUCGUUUGUCAUUAGUUGCUUCAAAUUCAAGUGCAUUUCCAUUAUUUGCUUCAUAUUCAAGUUCAUUGCCAUUAUUUGCUUCAUAUUCAAGUUCAUUGCCGUUAGUUGCUUCACAUUCAAAAUUUAAAAUUUUAUAGGCGAGUGUAUGUGACAAGUUUGAGCUCCAUAGGUUGACGGGAAGUGGGUCGAUUAGCCGUCCCAGGAUUUUGCCAACAAGCCAGCCACGAACACAAGCAAAACUAAUAUAAAAGGAUUUGAAAUAGAUACUUCUGACACGAAGAAUCGUGGGGUGGGAAUUGUAAAAUAAAAUCCAGCCUUAAUCUGAACAUGUUAACUAGUUCAUUUCCUGAAAUUCCCGUAUAACUGAUACAAGUUCCUAUCAAUUCUUGGAAACAAAUAGAGAUCAACACGACUGUCGUAGUUGCGCCCCCCCCCAAACUCAACAACCAAACAAAACACACACACACAAUCAAUCUCUGCCACAUACCAACCAACCAGUUUGUUUUGGGUUUUUUUUUGGUUGGUAUUCAAACGUAAAGAAAUGUCCCAUCUUCUUGAGUGGACCAAACGUGAGUUCACCCCAGUUCCAGGCCGACACUUUUCAUCAGUUUCGGUAAUCGAGCUUAAAUCAAUAUUUGUCGUUGAUGCUAGAGAUCUGUGUACUUUCGAGUCUCGGCUUGCCACGAAAAUUGUGGGCCAGACGAAGCUUGUGUCUCUGUCCAAUCAGAUCGUCCUUUUAAAAACACGUGCAUGUCACACUGAUCGCUAUAUCGGCUACGCGCGCACACACACACAUAUAUACAUACAAACACUCGAUUUUAUGGGGAAAGGGUCGGGGUGUACAAGUGUGUGAACAUUUUAAAUAACAGCUUAGUUGUCAUUUAACAGACAGCUUAGUUGUCAUUUAACAGACAGCUUAGUUGUCAUUUAACAGACAGCUAAGUUGUCAGUUAACAGACAGCUUAGUUGUCAUUUAACAGACAGCUUAGUUGUCAUUUAACAGACAGCUUAGUUGUCAUUUAACAGACAGCUUAGUUGUCAUUUAACAGACAGCUUAGUUGUCAUUUAACAGACAGCUUAGUUGUCAUUUAACAGACAGCUUAGUUGUCAUUUAACAGACAGCUAAGUUGUCAGUUAACAGACAGCUUAGUUGUCUAUAACAGACAGCUUCGUUGUCAUUUAACAGACAGCUAAGUUGUCUAUAACAGACAGCUAAGUUGUCAUUUAACAGACAGCUUGGUUGUCUAUAACAGACAGCUCCGUUGUCAUUUAACAGACAGCCCAGUUGUCAACAGAAAGUCUACGCCAUAAUUCAUUAUUUGUUUUUAUUUAAAACAGAAAAGACAACUCCAGGACCGUGGGGACGAAUUGGAGUUGUUAAAUGUGACCUCAGUGACCCAUGGACCACGAAAAGAAAUACUUUUUCAAAAUUAUUUAACCUUAUACGCUUGUUCUUUUUAUUUUGGUUUCCUGUUAUUUCGUUUGCUUGUUUUUAUUGGAAAGCAUCUGGGGAAAAUCCCAUUUAGUGAUAAUUUUCACUUUGAAUGUUGAUCUGGGAAAACUCGUAUGUGAUGUUCAUGUCUGCCGUAUAUUAGAGAUGGAAAUCGAACCCGCUUUAAGAAGUUCAGCUCGGCAACAACUGAACGUUUAGCGCGUUCGGUCAAUGGUCACAAUUGAAAAUGAGUUUGGUGUCAACUUUUUUUUUUAAUAACAUUUUAUAAACAUUAGUGUUUCCAUUGAAAUGCAGUAAAGGGAAGCAAAUACAUUUUUUCUUUAGCUAUCACAGUACAUCCGGAUUUAUAAAUACUCUAUUAAAUAAAUCAACGCGCGGGUCUCUUAAUAUUCAAUGGGGGAAAAAAAUAGGGAAACAUACAGGUGUAUUACUUGUAUUGGGAUUGUUUAUUGCUUCGUGCUUAUUGAAAGGACUAUCGGAAAUGGCUCUUCAAUCAUCUCAGGCGAGAAUGUUCGCUGAGACUUUUCUUAUACACGUUGAGUAUUAGAUGUACACACAAUUACAACUGUGUGUCUUUUUAUAACGAUAAAUGUUACUGACACUGGAGGAAAAAGAGUCGGCUCUAUAGUGUUGUAUAAUUUAGCACGCAUUAAUUCGAGUCAAGCACAUGCGCAAAAGAGUUUGGGGGGGGGGGGUAUUAAAAAAAGGGAAGGGGGUAGGUGGAGGAUUUUAAAAAUAUCACUUGGUUUAUUUUAAAAAAUUUUUUUGCAUUCGUGAUUUUAUAGUUUUAAUUUUUGGAGGAAAAAGAGUCGGCUCUAUAGUGUUGUAUAAUUUAGCACGCAUUAAUUCGAGUCAAGCACAUGCGCAAAAGAGUUUGGGGGGGGGGGUAUUAAAAAAAGGGAAGGGGGUAUGUGGAUGAUUUUAAAAAUAUCACUUGGUUUAUUUUAAAAAAUUAUUUUGCAAUCGUGAUUUUCUAGUUUUAAUUUCUGACUUAAGGAGUGUUGUGCUACAUUCGUUUAACAUGUUUGCUUUAACACAAGUUUGCGACAAAUUCCUUCGGUCUAUCUAUACUAUACUAUGUGACAUUUAAGUCGUAUGGGUUUAGUUCGGUUGUCAACAGGGCUCGAGUUUGUUGUGUUCGGUUCGAUCCAAACCGUUACUGCAUACCACCAAUGAUCAGAGUCGAGCAUUAUUGGUGUUUAAUAAUCUGAGUCGAGUUCAAAGCCAUAGACAGACACCAGGAAAUGUAAUUUUUUUUUUUUAAUAGGAAUAACGUAGAAAGGUCUGGGGGAAAAUUUACAAUUGUUGUAGCGAGACCUGUUUUAUGGUCAGAAGUCACUUAAGACUGCGUUGCUGUGUCAAAGUGAGAGCCCCUGAUUCAUUAAACCAUGACUUCCCCCCACAGGUACCGUGAACAUGUCAGUAUUGUCAGUGUCAGUUCUGAUGGUCGGUCUCCUGCUGCCCGUAGUUCUACACGCGGCCACCUACUACAACAGUCACAAGAGUGAUGACCAAUGCAACCACUGCUGUCGGGGUUUACCUGGGCCCCAGGGCAUCCCUGGGCUACCUGGCCACCACGGGACGAGGGGUCAGGAUGGUCAGAUGGGAGGAAAGGGUGAAAAGGGGGAGCUGGGCAGCAAAGGCUUUACAGGUACGAUGUAUUAGAAAUAAAACAUUCAAGGCAUGUUCAAAAAAUGAAAUUUCCACCACAAAUGUUAUAUGUGUGUUCAAUAUAUUGAUCUCCUUUAUCGUCAUUAUAACCAAUCAAAGAUAAAUCAUGGCUGAGUUACCUUUCUAAUGUUAUCUGUAACCCAGGUAUGCGAGGUGAAACUGGCCCUGUGGGCCCUAAAGGUAGCCGAGGAAGAAAAGGCAGCAAAGGAGACUGUGGUCCGACUGGGUUACCAGGGGUCAAAGGUGAUCUGGGACCCCAAGGGCCAGUAGGUGAGUGGAUCUAUUUGAGUUGGACAUAGUAGCAGAAAUUUAAACAACUUCAUAUCAAUAUCAGUUUUGACUACGAGAGGGUAUAUGAAACAAAAAUAAUCAAGAGCCCCUAAUCUUGGCCCACACAACCUUGAUCUAGGCAUACAGCGGCUUUCAAGUAGAUUUAACUAAUCAAAGUUCAAAAAGUAAAGCUGCUAUAAGCAAUCACAAAAAUAGACAGACACCAGUAAACAGUAAAUCUAGGUCGAGUGCACGGCCAUUGAAAGACACCAGUAGAGGGUUCCCGGCCAUAGACAGACACUAGUAGAGGGUUCACGGCCAUAGAUAGACACCAGUAGAGGGUUCACGGCCAUAGACAGACACCAUUAGAGGGUUCACGGCCAUAGACAGACAACAGUAGACAGUAAAUCUAGGUCGGGUUAACGGCCAUAGACAGACACCCGUAGAGGGUUCCCGGCCAUAGACAGACAGCAGUGGACCUCCCAUCAAUCAGUCCACUGAAAGGUUUCAUCAAUUCUGUAAGAAUGCGCCUUAAGCCUUGUGAUCUCACCUAACCCUUCACGGUUGACCACAAACAAAUCCUUCUAUCCCAGAACACAGUUAAGUCCUCUCGAGUCUAGACGAUGGAAGCUUAUAAUUCCUAUUUUAAUUUUUUUUAAAUCCAUAUCAAAACAGAAAAUAUCUUGGAUUGAUGUGGUGGAUGAUGUGGAUUUUUUAAAAUUUGGAUUCCAUUUAUUCUAUUUUUAUAAAGUAUCAUUGACAGACAAUGUCUUUUAACAGUUAUUUUUUUUAUUAUUGUUUCCAAAAACGUGACGUUAUUUCAAUACAUUUGAAGUGUCAUUGACAGACAAUGUCUUUUAACAGCUAUUUUUUAUUAUUGUUUCCAAAAACGUGACGUUAUUUCAAUACAUUUGAAGUGUGUUUAAAUAACGUUACAAUUCUUUGGAGACAGUGGUGCGGGUGUGUUGACAUGUUUUAUUAACAUUGGGACCUCUAUUUAAAAAUACAAUUUAGUGGGAUCUGAUUUUUUUUUCUUAAUGGCAAUGCACCCCUGCCUUGAAAUGAUCUUUAGUGUGCGAUCAUAAGCUACCUCUGGUGAUGUAAUACAUUUAAAACAAAAAUAGUACAUCGGGUCUAAGAAUUUUUGGGAUGAGGUAAACAGUUCAUUUCAAUUAUUUUUUUAAAAAAUAAGAUGGUAAUUGAAGAUCACUAGAAAGAUAGUAUUUUAUUGAUUGAUUGUGACCACAUAAAAAGAGUUGGGGGGGGGGGGUAUUCAAAGUCUAGAAAUCAUACGUAAUGAAGAAUUUCUUAAAAUGUCGAAACUCUUGUUGGGGUCCCGCAAAGUCAUUUUCCUUCCUAAACCCUACAAUAAACGAAAAGUUCCACCAACGGCCGGAUCGCGCGGGGGCCGGGGGGGGGGCGCCUGUUGACGCAUAUGAGCAGCUAGUGUAGAUGUGUGUGUCUAUAGUAGGACAUAAGUAAUCGUAAGCAGUGUCAAGACUAUUCCUUUCUGCUGAAAUUGUGUAAUGUUGACAGUAAACACUUGGAAGAUGGACAACUAACGAUUGAAUGCUUCGUAAUUUUUGUUAAUAUAUAUUUAGGCCCCGCAGGCGAACAAGGAAUGCGAGGCCCCAAGGGUGAGCAGCCAGCACGCAUUGCCUUUACGGUGACCCGAAGCGAGCCGCUGGGACCGGUCCCUCAGAAAACGCCCAUUACAUUCGACAAAGUUCAUCUCAACCUGGGAGACAGCUUCGACGUCUACUCGUCUCAUUUUAUUUGCAAGGUAGGUGACCCGAUCUCUUACAUGAUAGAACCAUUACUGGGCUCACCAUAUGUCCCGGUGUGACCAGGACACCCCCCCCCCCAACACCCAUCAAGCGACCUUGACCCGCCGUCUCGGCCCGGGUUGAAAUUUCUUUCGGUUUCUCAUUUUCUAGAAAUUAAUUUGCCAUCUAUGUAAGAUAGCCUUGUUAUCAAAUUCCAUUUUUUAUGUAACUAAGCACAAACUCUAUGUACAAAGACUGUCAAGUUUAAUAUACAACCUUACUCCCGCCCCUCCCUAUGAGAAGAUCGAGAAGCAGAAUGUUAGAAUAUACAGUCAGUAAUCUCCCAGUCUCGUGAUUUAAAUAAAGUCCACGUUGCUAAGCUUUAUGUACAUUUUCGGUUUAAAAAGAUAAGUCAUUUCUUAGAAAGUAGAUUCAAGUGAGAAAUAUGAACCUGUUCCAAAAUACCCCAAUACACACGAUGUUGCUUUUCAGAACGCAUGAUAACCAGUGGCGCACCUUGACUAAACGGCACCCGGGGCGAAUUCACAAAUUUGCACCCGCCCACAUACACAUCUAAAUUUAUAAUGGUAAUACCUUUUAACAAACGUGCCGCCCGGUGGGGUCGCACCCUUCGCCCCCAGGUAUGCCACUGGUGAUAACUAACCCUAUGGUAAGCUUUACCCUAAAGCCUACUUGACUAAUUUAUUGAAUAGAUAGGGGAUAAGAAUCAUAAGAAAAUGUAAAACUUUGAAUUUGAAUGAAACCCCAGCUGUUUACAAUUCACUGUUAAAUUCAUCUAUUUAAGGUCAAUGGAACCUACUGUUUACAAUUCACUGUUAAAUUCAUCUAUUUAAGGUCAAUGGAACCUACUGUUUACAAUUCACUGUUUAAUUAAUUUAUUCCAGGUCAAUGGAACUUACUGUUUAUAAUUCACUGUUUACAAUUCACUGUUAAAUUCAUCUAUUUAAGGUCAAUGGAACCGACUGUUUACAAUUCACUGUUAAAUUCAUUUAUUCCAGGUCAACGGAACCUACUGCUUACAAUUCACUGUUAAAUUAAUUUAUUCCAGGUCAACGGAACCUACUGUUUACAAUUCACUGUUAAAUUCAUCUAUUCCAGGUCAACGGAACCUACUGCUUACAAUUCACUGUUAAAUUCAUCUAUUCCAGGUCAAUGGAACCUACUGCUUACAAUUCACUGUUAAAUUCAUCUAUGCCAGGUCAACGGAACCUAUCUGUUUACAAUUCGCUGUUAAAUUCAUCUAUUCCAGGUCAAUGGAACCUACUGCUUACAAUUCACUGUUAAAUUCAUCUAUUCCAGGUCAACGGAACCUAUCUGUUUACAAUUCACUGUUAAAUUCAUCUAUUCCAGGUCAAUGGAACCUACUGCUUACAAUUCACUGUUAAAUUCAUCUAUUCCAGGUCAACGGAACCUAUCUGUUUACAAUUCACUGUUAAAUUCAUCUAUUCCAGGUCAAUGGAACCUACUGCUUACAAUUCACUAUUAAAUUCAUCUAUUCCAGGUCAAUGGAACCUAUCUGUUUACAAUUCACAUGCUGAGCAUGGAGAACCAGACGGCUUACGGGUGGCUGAUGCUUAACAAUGACCAUCAGAUGGCUUUUCACGGCGACGCGCAGGCCCGCCAUGGAACCGGAAGUAACACGGUCAUUCUUAGACUAUCGCGCGAAGAUCAUGUGUGGAUUCAGCUGAAUGAAAACUCGGCCAUUCUCAACCAUUUCUCUUCCUUUUCUGGACAUAUUUUAUUCGAAGACUGAAGGUGGAUUAGACUUGAUAAUAAGUUUGAUUGAAAGCUUCGUGACAUCUUUUAUGACUUGAAUUUAUGCUCAAACUCCACUGAUUUACUUUUCAAUUAUCUUAAUCAAUAGUACACGCUAAUGUGCAUUGGCCAAAAUGGAAGAGAAUCGCCCGUUAAUUAGUUGUCG